UAUACAGAGGAAAAAAAAAAAAAAAAAAAGAAAAAUGAGAGAAAGAGAGAAACAUCAAAACACAGGCUCAACCUGCGUAGCGGAUGCCGCUGAUUGCUUGAUAUUGAAUAAACCCAUGAGGAUUAAGGCUUGGCCAUAGCUUCUCCUUUCUCAUUUUACUUAUUCAAUAUUUAUAUAUAUCCCUUUUUUUUUGUGCUUUUGUUGAAUUAUUAUAUCCAAAUCUCAAAAUUCUUUUUUUUUUUUUUUUCUCUAAACUGAUCUCAGAUUCACACGCCAAACCCCACUUUGAAUAACACUUCCAUUGCUUCCAGAACCCAAAAAAUUUGCCAAAUCCGAAAAGUUUCUUAAUCUUUUAAUACAUAUAUGGUGUCCCCUUUUGCUUUCCAUUGAACCGAAUCCAGCUGCUGCUUUGCUCUAUAUUCAGGUUUUCAACUAUCUUUUUCUGUUUUGAUUGAGUAAAUCAGUUGAAGCUGCUGCAGAGAGCUGAAAUUCGAUUGACUUGGCUGCUUCAGUGAGUUGACUCGAAGGGAUAUCGCUGCAAAGGGCUUGACUAGGUUUUUUCCCAAAAAGGAUUAUGGACAAAGUUGUCCCACUUUUCUAUGUUGAUCGCGGCAAGAACUGAAGGUUUAAAAUGUUUAUCAUACGAUUUGGGAAAACGGAUUAGAAUGUGAAGCUGGAUGAAGUGAUUGAGCUGGAAAAGAUUUUGUAAUUUUUGAGGCUUUGGGAUUAAUUUGUGUUUAAUUACAACUUUUGGUGUUGGGAUGGGCUGUGAGUGUUCGAAGCUCUCCGCCUGUUGUUGGACUUCUGAGUUUGAUGGAUCAAUUCCCGAGGGCCAAAAUGAAGAAAAUGAGGAGAAGGACGAAGUUGAUGAUUUACCUGCAUUCCGUGAAUACACUAUUGAGACACUCAAGAUGGCAACAUCUGGAUUCGCUGUGGAGAACAUAGUUUCUGAGCAUGGGGAAAGGGCUCCAAAUGUGGUUUAUAAGGGUAAGUUUGAGAACCAAAGGAGGAUAGCCGUAAAACGAUUUAAUAGAUCUGCUUGGCCUGAUGCUAGACAGUUUUUGGAAGAAGCAAGAGCUGUUGGUCAGCUUCGGAACCAUAGGCUGGCAAAUUUACUCGGUUGCUGCUGUGAAGGGGAUGAGAGGCUACUUGUUACAGAAUUUAUGCCCAAUGAUACAUUAGCAAAACACUUAUUCCACUGGGAAGCACAACCAAUGAAAUGGGCAAUGCGACUUAGAGUGGCCUUACAUCUUGCACAAGCUCUAGAAUAUUGUACUAGUAAAGGGCGUGCUCUGUAUCAUGAUCUGAAUGCUUAUAGAAUUGUUUUUGAUGAUGAGGGCAACCCUCGACUUUCAUGUUUUGGUCUGAUGAAGAACAGCCGAGAUGGAAAAAGUUAUAGCACAAACCUGGCAUUUACUCCUCCUGAGUACCUGAGAACGGGGAGAGUAACACCAGAAAGUGUAAUGUAUAGCUUUGGUACCCUUUUGCUAGAUCUCCUCAGUGGAAAACAUAUUCCUCCCAGCCAUGCACUGGACUUAAUAAGGGACAGGAAUAUUCAGAUGCUUACUGAUUCUUGCUUGGAAGGCCAAUUUACAAAUGAUGAUGGGACUGAAUUGGUUCGAUUAGCCUCUCGAUGUUUGCAGUAUGAGCCUCGCGAGCGGCCAAAUCCAAAGUCGUUAGUUGCUGCUUUGAUUCCACUUCAGAAGGAUACUGAGGUUCCUUCUCAUGUAUUGAUGGGUAUUCCAGAUGGUGCUGCACCUUUAACGCUGUCACCCCUUGGUGAGGCUUGCUCAAGGAUGGAUUUGACUGCCAUACAUGAGAUCAUAGAAAAGAUUGGAUAUAAAGAUGAUGAGGGUGCAGCUACUGAGCUCUCAUUCCAGAUGUGGACCAAUCAGAUGCAGGAAACAUUAAAUUCAAAGAAAAAGGGUGAUGUUGCUUUCCGGCAUAAAGAUUUUAGAGCUGCCAUUGAAUGCUAUUCCCAGUUCAUUGAGGUUGGAACCAUGGUUUCUCCAACUGUCUAUGCACGCCGAAGUCUGUGUUAUCUCAUGAACGAAAUGCCACAAGAAGCCCUUAAUGAUGCAGUGCAAGCCCAAGUAAUAUCCCCCAUUUGGCAUAUUGCAUCAUAUUUACAGGCAGCAGCUCUUUUUGCAUUGGGAAGGGAGAGCGAGGCCCAAGCAGCUCUCAAAGAGGGAUCAACACUUGAAAAUCAAAGGACAACUAAUUCUUGAUGACAGAAAGUGAUGGAAAUGCUUGAUGAUAGAAAAUGAUGAAGCUUAAUAAAUCUCUUCUUUGCUCUUCCUUGAGAUGACACCAAGGCAAACACAAGCUUAAUUUCCAGCUGAUCCAGUGUUAUUAAGCCUCAGAGCGAACCUUGAAUUGUGUGGGCCAUAAAUGGCAGCCUUCUUCCACCUGUGAAUGGGUUUCAUCUUGGAGAAAAUUGUUGGAUGCGUUGGUUUUUUAUCAGUUUGCUGGGUACUUGCCAUAUUGGAACGUUCACAUCCAGAUAUGAACACUUCACCCUUGCUUCUGUUUGCUGACCUUUUCCAAUACACCAAUCUAGGGAAAUAAUUAAGACAGUCAUGGGAUAGACUACAUGUUAAUGGAGGGAUUCAGCUCUUGUUUAAAGUUGCAUUUAGCGAGUGAAUUCAAGUCUUCCCAAUCGUUGUAAUUUAUGUACAGUGCUAUUGGUUGUGGUUGCUGAAGGCGAGGUUCUUAUUUUUUGGUAUGCUGUGACGAAUUCUUUUGAAUUAAUAUUUUGCUUUCUAGUA